UACGGUUCCGGAGCUUUAUAACGUCGAAUCAAAUAAACGGCGGGAUGGAUCAGUCGAAGUCUGAGCAGGGAGGGGCCCCUAAGCCCGCCGCCACUCCGGAAAGGAGCAUCAUCAGCGGAGACAACCUCCAGUUCGGGAAGAUGCGGCGCCACGCCCGCUUGUCCCAGUCGGAGAACCAGACUUCGGGGCCCGAGGAGGAGUACUUGGGCUCCUCGGCGGAGGCCGGCGGCUCCUACGGAAGAAGCCCCGGCGUCCACGCCAAGAUCUUCAAGCCGCAUUCGUCCUCCCCGAGGAGCCCCAGGGGCCACUGGGCCAAGCGCCCCCAGCAGGACUCCGCCCAGAUCCCCACGGUCAAGUCGUCCGGCACUCCCCACCGGCGCUACAGCAGGGGGCGCUACCGCACCUCGUCCGAGACGGAGAAGGGAGCCAGAGGCGCCAGGGAGCCCAAGUUUCGGAGGAAGGGCCUCUCUGAGAGCGACGACAGUGCCAACAUGAGUGGACUUCAGUGCCUCGCUGCCGAGAAGGUCUGGUUCGACAAGCACCGCUUCGAUGAGGCGGAGAGGAAGUUCUACGAGGCUGCCAAUGGACCCGUCCCGAAGCAGCAACAGGUGAAAAGUGGCGCGCACCAGCAGGCCAAAGGGCGCCCGCACAAGCGCCAGCACCGAAACUCUUCCUCACAUUCAGGAGAGCAGGAGCUGAAUGCCCGCAUGAAGAGCCUGGAGGUGGAGAACCAAACUUUGCACAAAGUGGUGGGCGAUAUGAGGGCCGCCCUGCAGAAGCUUGAGUCCAGAGUGGCCCAGCUGGAGAAGAACCCCGUGCCCCCCGCAGUCAAGGCCGCUCCCGUCCAAGCUGCUCCUGCCAAACAGGCGGAGGAAAAUGGGGACGACGACGACGACGACGACGUGGACUUGUUCGGCAGCGACGACGACGACGACGAGGCGGCCCGUCUUAAGCAAGAGCGCGUGAAAGCGUACGCCGCCAAGAAAGCCACAAAGCCCACCCUGAUCGCCAAGUCGUCCAUUUUGUUGGACGUCAAACCCUGGGACGACGAGACGGACAUGACCAAACUGGAGGACUGCGUGCGCUCGGUGCAGAUGGACGGCCUCCUGUGGGGAGCGUCCAAGCUGGUCCCGGUGGGCUACGGCAUCAAGAAGCUGCAGAUCAACUGCGUGGUGGAGGAUGACAAAGUGGGCACUGACAUCUUGGAGGAGGAGCUCACCAAGUUUGAGGACUUUGUCCAGAGUGUCGACGUGGCUGCCUUCAAUAAGAUCUGAACAAAGUGCUGCUGUUUGAUGGUUCAUUAAAAUGUAAAAACUCAA